AUGGUCUCGCGCCGCAUCUUUCGCGGAAACAGAGUCCUCCUCGACAACAGGCUCCAGCCCGCCACCAUCGCCGUCGACCUCACCACAGGCAGGAUCACCCAUGUCCACCGCGGCGCACAGGACAGGCAGGCCUUUGCCGACGUCGAGGACGCCAACUGGAUAGACGCAGGCGACAGAGUCAUCCUCCCGGGCCUCGUCGAUGCCCACGUCCAUCUGAACGAGCCCGGCCGCACGGACUGGGAGGGCUUCUGGACGGGCACGCGCGCCGCCGCGUCUGGGGGCGUCACCACCGUUGUGGACAUGCCGCUCAACUCCAUCCCGCCAACGACUACCGUCGCGAACCUGGAGGAGAAGCGCAACGCUGCGCGCGGGCAGUGCUGGACGGACGUUGCCUUUUGGGGUGGAGUCAUCCCUGGGAAUCAGUCGCAUCUCAAGCCGUUGAUUGACGCGGGCGUAAGGGGCUUCAAGUGUUUCCUCAUCGAGAGCGGCGUCGAGGAGUUUCCAUGCGUCACCGAGAACGAUUUGCAAUCUGCCAUGGAAGAACUGAAGAACACGUCCACCGUGCUCUGCUUCCACGCCGAGCUGGACAGAUCCGUGCACACUUCCGGGUCGCCAGAGCCUGCCGAUCCCACCCUCUACAGCACCUUUCUCGAGUCACGGCCGCAACAACUCGAAAUCGACGCCAUCUCGCUCAUCACCACCCUCCACCGCAAAUACCCCGCGCUCCGGCUGCACAUCGUGCAUCUCUCCGCCGCGCUCGCGCUGCCGCUCAUCCGCGCGGCCAAGACGUCCGGGCUCCCGCUCACCGUCGAGACAUGCUUCCACUACCUCUCGCUCUCGGCGGCGCAGAUCCCGCGGGGGCGUCCGGAAUUCAAGUGCUGCCCGCCGAUCCGCGAGGAGGGCAACCGCGAGGAGCUGUGGGAGGCGCUCGCGGACGGGACGAUCGAUUGCGUGGUGAGCGAUCACAGCCCGUGCGUCGCGUCGCUGAAGAGGAUGGACGAGGGUGACUUUAUGGGCGCGUGGGGAGGGAUCAGUACGCUUGGGCUGGGGCUGAGCUUGUUGUGGACGGAGGGGAGUAGGCGUGGGCUUGAGAUUGAGAGGGUUGCGGAGUGGGUGUGUGCCAAGACCGCGAGGCAUGCGGGGCUUGAGCAUCGCAAGGGGCACUUGAAGGUCGGAUACGACGCGGACUUGAUUAUUUGGGACCCGAAAGUGGAGUUUGAGGUGACGAAGGAGCUGCUGAACUUCAAGAACAAGAUGACGCCGUACGAGGGCUUGACCCUGCGCGGGCGUGUCGAGAAAACCUACCUCGGGGGAACGCUCAUAUACGACCAUUUUGCCGGAGGGUUCGAGGGGUUGAUACCAAGCGGGAAGCUGCUGUGA